AUGGAGAAGUUCUCCCUGGCUGGCUCCCCGCACCCCAUGGUGGGGGUAGUUGGCCAGGAUGUGGUGUUACCCUGCCAGCUCUCUCCCCCGGCCCGGCUGCGCAGCAUGGACGUGCUGUGGAGGAAAAUUGGAACAGUAUUUAUCACAGUUCACAAGUAUUCGGAUGAGGGUUCCCAGGACCUGCCAGGGGAGGGUUACCAGACCCGGACGGAGCUGUUCCUGCAGGAGUUCAGCAGUGGGAAUGUCUCCCUGAAGCUGAAAGGGCUCCAACUGGCAGAUGCUGGGACAUACCAUUGCUUUGUGAGGAACCCAGCAUGGAGCCAGGAAGCCACCACUGAGCUACGGGUCGCAGCUGUGGCUCCAGUGUUCAUUGAUGUGCUGGGCCACCGGGGUCAGGGGAUCGGACUGGCCUGUAGAUCUGCAGGCUGGUUCCCCAAACCUGAACUCCGGUGGGUUGGAAAGAACGGGCAGAACCUGUCGAUGGAGAUUGUGACCAAUGUGACUCAGGACAGGGAGGACCUGUACAGUGUUGUGAGUCACGUCACUGUCACAGAAGAAGACAAUGGAGACAUCGGCUGCAUAGUGUGGAAUGGCCUGCUGGAGCCCGAGCGACAGUCAGCCAUUCACCUCUCAGGUGACAUCUUCCCCCGUGUUUCUCCCUGGCUGGCUGCAUUCUGGGUAUUGUUCGCUCUGGUUCUCAUUGCUGCUGGAGCUUGUGCAUAUCUUGGAUACGCAGCAAAGCAAAAGGCCUCUCAGAAGAAACACUCUGAAGAAGAGGCUCUGUUAAAUCUUGACACUGUGAAGAAGACCUUGGAAGCAGAGUGCCAGGACCUGCAUGAGAAGCUUGAAGUUCAGAAGAAGGCCUUUGAAUCAGAGUGCCAGGAGCUGCAUGAGAGCCUUGAUGCUCGGAAGAAGUCCUAUGAAUCAGACCUCAAGGUGCAGAAUGAGAAGAUUGAGACUGAGAAGAGUAAGAACAAGGCGUUGGAAUCAGAGUGCAGCAAGCUGCUUAGGACGAUUGAAGCUCAGAGGAAGGCCUUUGAAUCAGACCUCAAGGUGCAGAAUGAGAAGAUUGAGACUGAGAAGAGUAAGAACAAGGCGUUGGAAUCAGAGUGCGGCAAGCUGCAUAGGACGAUUGAGACUGAGAAGGCUAAGAACACGCAACUGGAAUCAGAACUCAAGGUGCAGAUUCAGAAGAUUGAACUCAAGGUGCAAUGCCAGAAUAUUGAACUCAAGGUGCAACGCCAGAAUUUUGAGACUGAAGAGAAUAAGAAAAAGCAGCUGGAAUCAGAAUGCAACAAGCUGCGACUGAUGAUUAAGACUGAGAUGGAUAAGAACACACGACUGGAAUCAGAGUGCCAGGAUCUGCGUGAGAAGUUCGACAAAGCAGUCACACAGCUAGAUUUCAUGAGGGCUCAGAGCUACAUGGUUCCUGUCACCCUGGAUCCAGAUUCAAACACCCCGAGCUCACCAUCCCUAAGGAUGGCCGAAGAAUCCAACAUGACCCUGCCUCCUUAGAGCUGGCUACCCCAUCUGGGGCCCUG